AUGACUACAACGAAAACAAGGGAAGGAGAUCCUGCGAUCAAGUGCCCUAUGUUGACUUCUACAAAUUAUACGGUAUGGGCCAUUAGGAUGAAGAACGUACUCAAGGUGCAUAAAGUCUGGAACAUCGUUGAAACAGCAUCAGGAGAGGAAGAUAAGAAUGAUCUAGCUAUUGGUUUGUUGUUUCAAGCGAUACCAGAAACAUUAGUGUUACAAGUUGGAGAGUUGGAUACGGCAAAGAAGGUGUGGGAUGCUAUUAGGGCUCGUCAUGUUGGCGCAGAGCGAGUCAAAGAAGCAAGGCUCCAAACCUUGAUGUCGGAGUUUGACAGACUCUCCAUGAAAGAAGGAGAGAAGAUAGAUGACCUCGCAGAAAAAUUGUCAGAGCUUUCUUCUAAGUCUUCUGCCCUAGGUGAAGAGAUUGAAGAAUCAAAGUUGGUUAAGAAAUUUCUUAAGAGUCUCCCUCGAAAGAAAUACAUACACAUCGUAGCAUCACUUGAACAAGUACUUGACCUUAAAGACACCAGUUUUGAGGACAUUGUUGGUCGAUUGAAAGCCUACGAAGAAAGAGUAACCGAAGAGGAAGAAACUCAAGAGGAUCAAGGAAAACUCAUGUACACCAACACUGAUUCUCAGACUUCUCGAGAGAACUAUGAUGAUUACAGAGGAACAGAGGACGAGGAGGAAGAGCUUACAGAGGACGGGGUCGUGGAAGGAAUGGAGCUGCAAGAGGCACAAGAGCAGGACAAAGAUGACACACAACAUGCAGACGAGCUCAUGAUGCAUGAAGUGGUGUAUUUAAACGAAGAUAAAGUUGUGCCAAGCAAGUUUGAGACACACGAUGAUCAAGAGAACAUGUGGAUAGAUAUUAAAGGGAAAGGAAGCAUCGAGUUCGUUGACAUGAAUGGAGAGCACAGAGUCAUGUACGACGUCUACUACAUUCCUGACUUGAAGAGUAACAUCAUAAGCCUUGGUCAGGCCACAGAAGCAGGUUGUGACAUCAGAUUAAGAGGAGAUUGUUUGAUUAUGCAUGAUAAAGAUGGAAAGCUGUUGUGUAACGCCACAAGAUCACCAAAUCGCCUAUACAAGGUUCGCAUGGGAGUAAAAGGUAAUGCAUGUUUGCUGUCUACGGUUUCUAGUGAAUCACUACGCUGGCACUCGAGAUUAGGUCACAUCAACCUUGAGACUAUAAAAUCCAUGGUUCAAAGAGAGCUCGUAGUAGGUAUACCACAAGUCGUUGAUGUAAGAGAAUUUGCAGCACAUGUCUUCUCGGAAAGCAGACAAGGAAGAUGUUCCCACAAGCAACCGCAUAUCGAGCUAGCAAAGCACUUGAACUGA